AUGGCGAGCGAUGCGAACGAGACGUCGUCGUCGAUGGACGAUGCGCCGCGCGCGGCGUCGCUCGACCGGACGCCGAGCGGGAAGACGUUUGAGAGUGAUGGUGAAGUUGUCGUGCCUGCAAAGGAUGUGCUCCGAGCGGCCAAGGUCGCGCCGAUGACGCCGCCGCCGAGGAUGACGCGCGGCGGUGAGACUUUACAUGUGGCGUUGCAUCGAUGCACGAUCGCGACGCUGGCGGCGGAGGAAAAGGCAAAGGUGGCGGCGGUGAUUCAGCGGUGCGCGGACGCCAGGCGGAGAGAACUCGCGCUCGAGCGAGAGUUGAGAGCGGAGCGAGAGAUGCGGGUGGGAAUGGAGCGAGAGCGGGACGAGGCGGUCGCGCGGGCGAGAGCGAGGGGUGAGGAGGCGGCGGCGGCGCGGGAACGGUGCGCAGAGUUGGCGUCGGAGCGGGCGCUGCUGAUGGAACGGUUGGCGGAGACGCGGACCGCCGCGGCUGUUUCGCGGACGAGUGAGGAGGACUUUGAGGUUCCUCGGCCGCGAGCGGGUUUGAUGCUUGAACCCGUUGGCGGAGAGGCGCGACGGAAGGAGUACGGUACGGAAGUUUUGCGCGCAAUUGAGAGCUUUGAAAGCUCGGCCCGACGGCUUGAACCUUAG